AUGAAUCCUCACAUAUCCGUCCCUCGCCAACAUGCCAGUCCGGCCAGCUUUGGCGGCACAACGCCUGCCAGUCGCAGAUCCAGUUUACGAAUGCCGCGUUUCUUCAAAAGAUUGUUCAAGUUCCCACAGAUGGACUUUGAAAUGGCCAUUUGGGAGAUGACAUCACUAUUAAUCGCUCCCAAAAAGGUGUUCAAAUCAAUCUAUUACCAUGUAAAAACAAAAAACACCUGGCAUCGUCCAGAUCCCUCCUUCACCUAUCUGCUCUCCUUUUUCCUCCUUCUCACUGCUCUGGCAUGGGGCCUUGCCUAUACGCCAAGCUUUGGUGCCAUUCUCCGUCUCUCCUUCUUCUUUAUUUUUAUUCACUUUAUCGGGUCAUCGCUCCUCAUCUCAACAAUCGCCUACUUUGUCAUCGGACGCCUGUUUGGGCCUAAUGGAGCGGCUGCAUCAUUGGCUGGAUUGAGGGGCUCUCGGGGCCGAAGACGCGGUGCAGCGCAAGGCUUGUUCGUGCAGCCUGGAGAAAAGGAUCAAUUGGAAUUUGGUUACUGUUUUGAUGUCUCCAACCGUGCCUUUUUCCCCCUCUACCUCCAUCUCUACGUCGUUCAAUUCCUCCUUCUUCCGAUCCUCACUCGCAGCCCGAGUAACUUCUUGACCACCUUCCUCGGGAAUACGCUCUAUCUCUCUGCUCUCCUUUACUAUACAUAUAUUACUUUCCUCGGGUACAAUGCCCUGCCAUUUUUGCAUAACACGGAGCUGCUGUUGGUCCCGAUUCUGGUGUUCUCGGUGAUGUGGCUGGUGAGUUUGAUUGCCGGGUGGGGAGUUGUGAUGCAGGGUCGCAGCGUUGAGGGUCUGUUCUGGGGGGUUUAA